AAUGAACGAAGCAGGGGAUUCCAGUCUGAAGACGUCCCCGAUCCAGCCGGGUGGUCACCCACACCACCCCCGUCCCAGUACAGACUCUCCUGAGAUUUCACACAGGUGUGAGGCGCUGUUCACUGUACAGCCCAGUGUGAGGCGUCCAGUGGAUGAAAAUGUCACAGGAGAGGAUAGUGGCACCUCACAAGCCAUUGCACACAUAAAGCAGGUGAUGACCAAGGACGCCAUCAGCCUGGUCCGCUUUGAGGCCUCAGAUCUACAUGGUAUCUCCCGCUCCAAGAUGGUCCCGGCCCACCACUUCCAUGAGAAAGCCCUGCAUGGAGUGGCUGUCCCAAGGAGCUGUCUGGAACUGACCCUGAGUCCUCAGGACAAUGAAGUGGAUCACAUGACUGCAGCUGGCUUCAGCAGCGACGUGCUCCUUGUCCCCGACCUCCUGACGUUCAGGAGUCUGCCCUGGGCCGCUCAGACGGCUCGGGUGAUUUGCGAUUCCUGCUCCAUCACCGGGCUCCCUCUGAAAACCGCACCCCGCCAUGUGGCCAGUCAGGUCCUGGCCCAACUCCACAGCUUGGGUUUCUCUCUGCGGGCGUCUUUCUCCUACGAGUGCUGCAUCUUCAGCGUGCCUGAGAAGAUCAGCUCCAAGACGCUCCUCUUUCCAGGCGCGACCCUGUUGAGCAAUGACCUGCCUUUUUUCCACCUGCUGGUCAACAGCAUGUACCUCAUGGACGUCGACGUCGACAGCUUCGCCACAGCCAGCGGGCCGGGCCAAAUCGAAUUUUCACUCCGUCCCGAGUCUGGGAUCCGUGCCGCUGAUAGCGCCUUCACGUUUCGCACCGGCAUGAAGGAAACCGCACGCAAGCAAGGCUACCUUGCGAGCUUCCUCACCAACAGUAGUUUCUACAACUGCGGAGUUUUCUCUCACAGCGUCUGGGAUGCGGCUAGGAAGAGGAACCUUUUCCAUUCUGCUGGUGGGCAGCUGUCAGAGAUCGGAAGUAAGUGGCUGGCUGGGCUGCUCCACCACUGUGCCGCCUUAAGCUGUCUCUCAGCACCUAGCGCCACCUGCCGGCGAUGGCUCGCUAAGGCAGCCAAGGAGCCCCAACAGGCUGCCUACGCUACCUAUGGGUGCAACGACAACAGCUGCAGCUUCAGCGUGAAACUCCACGGCGACAAAGGGACGCGAAUAGACAGCAUGCUGGGCUCGGCCAUGGGGAAUCCCUACAUCGUGCUUGCGGCCACGGUGGCGGCCGGGAUGGACGGCAUCCGGCAAAACCUCAGCAUUCCCAGUGGAAACCUGAUUCAGCAAAAGAAAUUCCUCAUUCCCUGUAAACUGGAAGAUGCCCUGGAUGCUUUGGAUGAAGAUUGUGUUAUCAGGGGGGCCUUAGGAGAUGCAUUUGUGCAAUACUUUAUUGACAUGAAAAGACUGGAGAUGGAAACAGAAGAAAUGGAUACAGAGAGGGAUAAAUUCCUGGAAUACUUUAUUUAGGAUGAAUGUCACAUCUUGGGGCAUAUUUAUAUCUUACUGUAGUGAAACAAAGUAUUAAAAUAGCUGAAUAUUGAACAUCCACAAAAUAAUGUGUGCUUUUAAAAAAACUAAAAGAGAAUGCCUCUAUAAUACAUUAACUCUUCUGGCAUCAAUCUAAUUAGCAGCAAGAUUACUGAUCACUUUUCAUGACUGUAAGCAAGCUGAGGCUUCUGUAAAAUAUGAACAAAAGGAAACAUACCUCAAGUAACAUUGAU